UGGUCAGCGGCCAAGGAAGAUGAGUUUCGGUGCGUGAAAAAAGAGUGUAUCAAUAUAAUUGUUGUUAACCCACUGCCAAGAAGCGGUCGAAACCCAAGGCGGAAAGCAAACAAUCAAGCAUUCGAAAAAUGUUUAACUUUUUCAAACGUUCAAAGUCGCAAAAAUCAAAACAAAAACAAGAUCGAACGCAACAAUCGCAGCAACCCGAUGCAGCGAAGUCGGCUGCCUUGGGCGCGUGCGUACCGAAUUCGGAGGAGACGCCGCACCCGUCACCGCCUCCUAUGCAGCUCGAUCAAGAUGCCAGCACGGUAAGUCCCACGAUGGCGUCGUCGUCGUCGUCGUGCAGCGGAAAUGGCGGAGAGGGCGAAAGUGUUAAAAAUAAGCAGCAUUCACCGCCAACUGCGGCCAGCAUCCUCACCAGUCCGAAUGAUAUAAUCCGCGAGAACGGUCGUUCGUUUGGUGUAGAGGACGACGACGGUGACGACGGUAGCGUGAUCGAGUUCGCGGACGAAGGAGAGACCGACGACGACGACAACGACGAAGAAGCGAUCAAUGAGUGCGAGGAUCCUCGAGUGUCACGAAGACAACGGGGGGAGCAAUCAACUAGUAUCAAUCAAAGCGCGAACCUGCUCGAAAGUACAAUGGCAAAGGGGAAAAACAAAAGACGCUACCAGGGCGGAAAGAACGUCCAGCAGAAUCAGCAACAGCAGCAGCAACAUCAAGGCCAGAAACAGUCUACUAAGGAUAACCACCUGCUCGAACUGAAGCAAGCGUGCAAUGUCACCGCCGAAAAGAUCAAUCUAGAAGGCGACACAAAGCAACCCGUUACCGUGGUGACCGCGAACGUUGUGACACAGUCUGCUGAGAAUGUGGUCAAAGUACACGAAAGUGAUGAUAGCAAAGUUAAUCACGGUGAGCAUAACUCCAAGCCAGAAGAGCCGAAGGUGAAGAUCGUUAACCAGAAUACUGCUGCUCCGUGUGUUCUCACGGCCGGUGACGUCAAUGGGAAAAACGCCGAAGAUCACGAGGAUAAAAAUAGCAUCGUGCCACACUCGGAAACGGUCAACAACAAGCCCUCGUUGGCCGAAGAUCGUGAAACUCCUGGUGACGCCGGUGUGAGUGAGAAUCCGACGCUGCAGACUGUGACGUCACCGAUUCCGUUAACCCAGACAGACACGACGCUCGACGUUGUUGGCGGCAAUGAAUUAUUAAACAGCAGUUUAGUGGCAGAACCGUGUCCCACCGCGGAACUUCAUUCAUCGACCGACACUGAAUCUCACGAGAUUAAAGAUGGUCCACGCGAACCGACGGCCAGUAGUGAAACCGUAACUAGCGAACACGUAACAUCGAGUAACGAGGAAAUGGGCCAACAGCCAAGCAAACCCAGUGAACCAUCGAACAAUAACUGCCGACGAUCAAUUACUCCAAAUCGUCAAUCGCCGCCUACUCUGGUAAUCCAGCAACCCCCGCAACAGCAGCCGCACCUGACGGUGCCGGCUAAAAUCGAGGAUGCUGCUCGGGACGAUAUUAGCGACGAUCGAGAUGUCUUCUACGAAGCCAAGGAGUCGCUAUCUCCCGGUACACCCGCAGCUACAGCCGCCUCCUUGGAUCAGACAGAACCGCUGCAAGCUGCCAUCCAAGCAACCACCAAAGAAGCCUCACCACUCAAGGCCAUCAUUGUUUCGCCUAAUCAAAGUGAGCCGCGAGCUAGUCCAAAAAAGCGAGUAGUGUUCAGUGAGCAACUCAUCCUCGAAGGCAAUCCCUUACAGGAAUUCGACUUAUGCAACAGCAGUAGUGCUAGCAGCAGUGCCAACAGCAGUACCGAAUCCCUCCCAAACGCGUUAAAUUUAGAAGCACCGAGUUAUGAGGAACAUCUUGUGCAAAAAAAUGCUGACCGAAUGCAAACGGAAGCUUCACCCGGUUCGCUUGUGAAUAACAAUAAUCACAAAAACAGUGUCAACAUAGUGCUCAGUGUCUGUAACGAUCCACCCAAUGCAUUUAACAGUGAUAACAGUGGCAUUUCUCCCAGUGUUCCCCCUCCCCCAGCGGAGAUCAUUGCUACCAAGCCCCCCAAUCUAAUCGAGUUCAAAUACAACUCAAGUGAUGACUCCAGUGCAACAAAGCUCCAAAACGGUCACCACAAGGAAGCCGAAAAGGAAGAAUCGAAACGUCGAUCCCAGUCGCUGCCCAUCCUCGGCAAUGGGCCUACUUUGAUCGCUGAGGACACCAUCAGCCUGCCGGAUGUGGUCCAACCCAGCAACGCCGACAAGGCAACCAAGCCCUUCAACACAGUUGAUAAACUCAACAGUGAAAUGAAGGAGCUCGUCAAUCAGGAAUCGCGCUACAGUGCAAAGCUCGAAGAUGCCGAGAAGAGAGCCAGUGAGGCUGAGACCAAGGUGUUCGAACUGCGGCGACGGCUGGACGAUGUGGAACGGGACGCGUCGUUGAAGGAAUGCAACAUUGAACGUCUCAAGGCGGAACUGGACGCAGCAUGCAGGGAGUGCGAGGGUAUCCGGGGACGGUUGCGAACGCAAGACGCCGAGAUAGACUCACUAAGACUGAAGUCCUCCAACCAGGAGGAUGAGCUAAAUCUUAAGUAUCAAAAUCUAGAGGUAGAAAUGCUAGAGUUAACGGAAAAGCUGAAGGACACCCGCCAGAUGGCGAACGAGCUGAACGUUCAGCUUGGGGAAGCUAAAGCCGAAGCGGAGACACUUCGGCUGGAGAAGGAGAAAUUACAGGAAGAACGUGCCGAAGAGCAGAAGAUUAUCAAGGAAGCGCUGGAGUUGGCGCUGAAGGAGCGUUCUCAGGUUGAGGCCAAGUGGAAAUGUGAUUUUGAACAGCUGCGGACGCACCACUCGGACCGGGAGGAACACCUCAUGGAAGACUGCGAGUGGAAGCUCCGAUCGAUGCAGAAGAACUGCAAGGAGAAGCUCGAAGCGGUGGAACGAGAGCGGAAGGCCGCAAUUGACAAAGCGACUCGGCUGGAGCAGGAAAACCGAAACAACAUGGCAGAGGCCAUUCGGCUGCGAUCGUUCGAGGGAGAGGCAACCAAGCUGCGUGGACUGACAAACGAUCAGAAGGAAACACUGACCGUGAUGACGCGCCAAAUCGAUCGGCUCAGGAACGAACUCGAGGACGCAAGCAACAAACUGGAAGCGGAAAUCGUCAAAGCCCAGCAACUAAAAACCCGCUGUGAAUACCAAAUAUGCGAGAAGGAACGCGAAGCCCUGAACCGGAUAGAGAUCGCCCGCGGUGAGAUCGCGAUGCAGUGGGAGGAUCGCCUGCUGCACGAGAUGAACCGGCUUCGGGUCGAGAUGGAACAGACCAACCUCGAGGAUCGCCUGUCCGCCAUCAACCGGUUCAAGCGGGAAGCGUUGCAGGAAACUGAAGAGCUAACGCAAAAGUUCAACAUGCGCGAGAAGCAACUGAAGGAAGAGAUCGAGUCCCUCAAGAAGACCAUCGAGCGUCAGAAGCAAGCAAUGGAAGACGCACAAUCCGAAGCGGACACCAAGCUGAUGCAGUCGCGGAUGUUCGUCGAUCGACGGGAGCGAGAGCUGGAAGAAGUUCUGGUCCGUGAAACUACGCAGAGAGAUCAAAUUAUUGCUGAACUGAAGGAGCAGCACGAGAAGGAGAAGCGCGACAUGGAGCAGCACUUUAGCCUCCGGAUACAGCAGGUGCAAGAAGAGUUUGAGCGCGAACUGUCCGACGCGACGGAAAUGCUCAAGGUGUCACACAAAAAGGAACUGGAAAAACAAUGGAAACAACUGGUGAGCGAAAAGGAAGAAGCACUCCAACUGAUGGAAAGUCGACAACGAACACGGCUCGAGGAAGCUGAAAAUAAAAUCAGAGAGCUCACGAUCGACCAUCAGCGGACCCUGAAGGAUCUGCAGGAGGAGCGCAUCUUCGAAAGCCGAAGCAUGGAGACGCGCGACGCCAAAAAUAGCCAGGAAAUCCAAACCCUGCAUAAAAAGUGCCGAAUCUUAACGAACCUCUUCGAGGAAAUGCGAAUGCGAUACGAACGCCGUGAGCCCCGGCAGGAAGAUUUGCAGCAAAUCGAGGAACUGAAAAGCGUGAUCGAGUCCCAGGAUCGGGACUUGCGCUUGCUCACCGAGCGAUUCCGUGAGAUGCAACUGCAGGAACGUGAACUGCUUCAACAGCAGCAGCAGCAGCAGCAGUUGCAGCCUCCGCCACAACCUCCCCGAAGAGCCAAGAAUCGUAACAACAAGCCUCAACCACAACAGCAGCAGCAGCAAAUGAUCGUGGAAGAUUGCGAGCCGAUUCCGGUUCCGAUCGUGUGCGACGUGAUCUACGAAGAGAACGAAGCCGAACUCAUCCAGGAGGAGCAGGAAGGAAAGCAUGUCGUUGUGGACCUGCCCGAAUCGGAGAUCCAGACCGAAACCAAGCAGGUUCACUCGACGGAGCCGGUGAUCGUGCAGUCGGAGGUUCCUCAGCAAGCUGAAGCCACUCCCGUGAUAGCGAUCGAGCAAAUUCCGGAAUCGACUGCCCAGCAGCAGCAGGUUCCAGCGGUGGCCGUCCAGGCACCCAUGAUCACGAUCACCGAGGAGGAGGGCGGCAGUGCCGAACCGGCCUCGGAGGUGGACAUUUGCGAAGUGACGGUGGAACUGCCCGUCAAGCAGCCCGCAAAGAUCCCCCCGGCGGAACCGAUCAACCCACAAAAAGUACAAAACAUGCCCGAGAUGAUUGUGGUUCGCGUUCCGGAUGUGGCGGCGGCGGCGACUGCUGCUGCGGAAGCGAUCGUGUCUGCGCCGGGACCACGUUCCUCAUCGACGUAGAACCAUUUUCGUAAUCUUUUAACCACUGUUUCCGUGUCUAUUACUAUUGUUUUCCUAUUUAUUUAAUUAUCUUGUAGAGCCUGUUUAGAGCACGUUUUAUUUCACAGCCUGCUGAUUGCCACAAUAAAAUAAACUGAUCAAAGCUGGCGUAGAUCUACUCAGUCAUUAUUAUCUCAUAUACAUCAUCGGCUAGUUAUGAUACUAUAUGAUCAACGAAAAAUGCGAGCUGUACUGUACCAAAGAUGCUGCAAUAAAGAAACAUGUCAGUGAUAAA